CCCAUCCAUCUAUUCUAAUACCACUUUCCUUAUUUAAAAAAUACAUUUCACUGAUUUACAAACUUAGAAAAUUUAAAUGGUCCAUGCAUCUUUUAUUUCCAAAAUUAAGGGAAAAGGCUGACAAAAGCACUUAUAUUUUUACAAAGCCCUUUACUUGUCCAGAGCAGCAAGCAUGUUAGUGAGGCUCUGAUCAUUUCCGACCUCUUCUUGGAUUAGUAGCACCUUUUGCAAAAUUCAAUUUUUGAGUACUUCACUAUGUUUAUUUUUUGAUAAUGACAUUUUGAAUAGAUCAUAGAGGUUCAAAGAAGAUUUAAUGAGUAGUUUUGAUGUGAAAUAUUCAUAUAUAUGCCUUUUUAUCUCAAACUAUCUGUGACUUCUAAAUAAUUUUGCCAUGCCAGGUCAGUUUCGUAAAACAAUAACUUGUAAUUCUAAUUCUGCCUUGCAACUAUAUUUGGAAAUUCUAUCCCUUGUUUGAAACUAAUUGAAUCGUAUCGCCCGAAUUUGAAACUAUCAUUGGCUUGAAAUUAUCGUUAGACCACUUGGAGGGAGGGCUCUAUUUCUUAUUUUGAUCUUGUUGUUCUUGGGGAGGAGAAUCACCUAUAUGCAACCUUUCCAUAUGACGUGUAUGUGGACUUACAGCCUUGAUGUUUCCCAUGAACUUCAACACUGCAAACGUGCCAUCAUUGGAUCACGAUGGCUGGGGCGGAUUACAAGGUCAAGUCUAUUUACGGCGAGCUGAGCCUGGGCAUCAUUAGCGUAUGCAGUCAUAAGUUGACCCCACGUAAAGUGUGUGUGCACCAGUGCAGUCUAGUAGUCCAUCCGAGUGCGCCCUCCUGCAUGGCCUGGGAUGCUCACAGGCACCUGGUCUCCUUCUUCGCCAGACGAUUCCUGAAGUUCCAACGGAAGACUGAACUCCUGGCCUACUUGUUCCUUUGUGUGUCCAAGAUGCCCUUCAUUCCCCCUGUGUCAUUGACAGGGUCGGGCAGCAAGAUGGAAAAGGCAGGGCCCUCCAAAGAUGGCACAUCAGUGAAGGAGCGCCUGGCGUCCAACCUCAAGCAGCUGGGCAAGAAGAGUCCACCACGGAGCCACCUGCCCACUGCUGCCAGAGGGCUACCAGAGACCAGGAAAAAGGGACCCUUGCCCAGGAGGCCUCCAGAGAGUCUACCGGCCUCCAGCUCCGGGGAGUCCUUGUCCAAAACACGCCAGACCCGUCCAGUGACAGCCCGAAUCAAAGCCCGCCCAGAGGAAACGCGGUUCACUCUGACCCUGACCCCCGAGGCUGUCCUGCUGCUCCAGAGGCGCAACAACAAUAACAACAAUAUUUCUGGAAGCUUCCCGGAUUCCAGACGAGCCAGGAGGGGUCAGUACCCGGCCCCCUCCCCGUCCCUACGGCCUCACUGCCGGGCAGGGGCCCCCGCCAGGACUCGCUGUGACGUGAGCUCCAUGGUAAAGGUGUCCCUGCUGAACGAGCGGCACCGCUACGAUGAUGUAGAGUAUGAGGAUGAUGGAGAACGAGGCACUGGGGUGGAUGAACGUGUGGUUCUCAAGUGCACCGAGUGGCUUCGGGGACUGGACAACACCCCUGUUACGGUGGCACACAGGAAGACCACUAGCGUGAAGAGCUUCUGAAUCCUACCUUGGAACUUUACCCUCGUCUUCAAACCUUGACAACAGCAUCUUAUCUGUGGAACAUGGAAACUGAGGGAUUAUGUAGGCUGCUGUGGAUGAAAACAGCAAAAUGUACAGUUCAUUUCAAACCCAAAGAUAAAAAUCAUACUCUAGUUGACAGGCUAUUAAGAAAUUGUCUUGAAACGUGAACGUUCAUUUUUAACUUCAGUUCUGUCUUGAAACCAGUUUUAAACCGAACCUUUUGUUUCAUACUAUAGUUUUAAAAACGCAAACCCAUACUUGAAAGCCUUUUUUGAAGCCAUACUGUCACCACAUAAGGUCGUUGCAUGGGGAUAAUCUUUUAGCAAUCAAUCGCCCAGAGAGUUUGGUUCUAUGUUGUUGAAUUAAGAACUGGGAAAAAUGACAAAAACCCAAUGACAAAACUACAUAAUGUUGACGUAAGUCCACGAACUGCUGAUGUCAUUGAAUAAAACUCUCAUAAUUCUAUAAAUCAAUGAUUGGUCAUAUGUGCAGAAUGAGAUUGUGUUGGACACUUUCAAUGGUGUAGUAAAUUUCAUGUAGACCUGGUGCCUUUCUAGUUUUUUUUUUUGUUUUGUUUUCUGUUCUGUAUUUGCACAUUUCAACAUUUAAAGCAGAUCUUGCUUACCAUAUUCAGGCAUAAAUUCUGUCUUUAAAAUGAAUAGACUUUUUUCAGAACCGCUUUCUGGUAUUUAACAACACAUAUCCUGGAUGUUUAUCAUAUGCUUCCUGUACAUUUAAGUAGCGAUAACAUUUUCCCCAGCAACAACUUCAAUUAAUACUCUUUACUACAUUGCAGUUAAUUACGAAUGAAAUAUGUUUCACAACCAAGCAAUUUUCCACAGUUUUGAUAAGUCAAUAUUUACUAUAAAUGAAAAAUACAUAAUUCAGAGAGAAAUAAAUAAUGAUUACUUUCAUUUAUUAUGAAUUUGUCACAAAACACAUAAGACAGUUGAUGAGGAGGUGCAAGAAUAUAAAGCACGUUGUGGUGAACACAUUCAGAUUUAAUCCAACAAAAAUAUCAGCGGUCUUUUCAUUACUGAACAGAUCUCAUAACUUCUUUCUUUUUAUCCUAAACUAAUUUUAUGUUUUGGAUCUAAAAUAUCAUACCUAAAAAAAAAAAUAAAAAAAAACACUCAUGCGAAUAAUAUGUAAUUUCUGAUUAUUUUUGAACAAUCCAUAAAUAAGGGCUUUGAAAAGAUGUUUUUUUUUUUUUUUUUUAAAUGUUACAGAUACUUCGACACAGAAUCAACGGUGGCAGAUUGGUAGACUUGAAGGAGAAUGAUAGAUUUGAAUGAUGUUUAACGGUGGAAUAGUUCUACUGUGCCGGGAGUUGGGGUAGUGGUUUUGAUUUGUGUAGUCUUGCGUUUAUUCACAAAUGGAGCUUGCCCAAAAAGGGUCCAAGGGAACAAAAAAAAAAGAAUGAACAUGGGGAUUAGGGAUACUGAAAUAUGAUUGACUAUGUAUGCUAUCUAACUAUAAGCAAUGUUACAAAGCUCCAUAGUGAGUAAGGGAUACUAACUGAUAGGACAAGGAAUGGAAGGACUGAAAAGACUGCUGUAGGCCAGGGCAGGGUGAGUGUGCAAGCAGUGCUAUUGAUUUGUAGUAAAGAGCACAUACUGAGACCAAACAUCUGUAAGGAUAAGUGUGUUGACACCCUAAUAUUCACUCUGUCAUCCCAAUAUGUCAAGUGAUGCCUAUUAAGCCCCUUUCAGACUUAUAUUCCGCAAAAUUCCCGUGUAAUGUGAUGCGGGAUUUACCAGUCUCCUGGCUUUCAGACAUAAGGAGAUGCACCGGGAAUUACCCGGGUUGGAAACUUCCAGACUUGUACCAUGUUGGCGACCCGGCACUCUCUGUGCGGGGAGGGCGGGUUACGGGAUUUAUAAACCUGACAUAAUAUCAUUUUUGGAUGGCAUCAGCAGCAAAAUAAACCACACAUUUCCAAAGAUGGAUGAUGGACUGUCUCUUCCUCGGCUCUAAGAUCCAGUAGCAAUUAGAUUUUGUUAUGUUUCCAGUUUAAUUUAGCUAUUUCCAGUUUGCCACGUUUAUAAUCGGGAUGUUUACCACUUUUCUUCUAGAACUAGGAAAUGACGAUCGACCCGCCAUGAUAUAUAAAUAUCAAAAGUCUUUGCGCUGUGACCCUAGAAUUAACCGGCUGCUUUAAUACAUGCCGCGUCCCUGUUAAGUCCCGGACGUUAUACUAGGAUUCGACCCGUUUAAUGUCUGUCAGUCGACCCGAGAAACUGCUUUCAGACAUAAGGACUACCCGUUUAAAAUCCCAGGAUUUAACCAGAGGUCAGCGUACUGUAUGUCUGAAAGGGGCUUUAAUAAGUGUGCCUAGUCUUACAUGCAUGUUAGUCUUGUGGUGUACAGAACUGCUGCACAGGCAACAGAGGAAAGGACUGACACCACCACUGCCAAUCUCGAGGGAAGCUGAGCCAGCGUGCCCACCAUUGGGGCAACCACUUCUGGACCCGAAAGUGGUCCCACAACCCCACCUAGACAACCAAAUCAGGCGGAGGAAUUGGACCAUCGUAUGUGGCCGGUUGAGAAACUAAUUUGGCUUCCGUCGCUCUAAGUAGCUUUGUAAAAAGUCUUAGACACUGGAUUACUGCACACUCACCUGCCUCGUGCCUGAACUGUGUGAUCUUAAAACGGUGGAUUAUCCACUGUGCAGUCAAAUGUUAAGACACGUGUGGUCAAGAAAUUACAGUAAACGAUCAUCCACUACACAUUUACACAUACGAUAACAUAAUAUGGUGCCUAUUGGUUUAAGAUGAAAUAAAUAAUAAAAUGAAAGCUGAUCAGAAGAUGAAGGCAAAAAAAAAAUUUGCAAUUUAGGUUUGACAAUCCCACUGUUAUACCUGCUACUGUUUGGGACUUGUUGGCGCAAAUUCCCUAGGAUUAGGUCUAAAUUUACCCAAAAUUGCUGACUUUCUGUUCAAUUCAGGCAUUGGUCCUUUACACUUGCAGUAUUUGUGCAUCCUAUUUUGACAAACACAUCCAUCAAAUUCAUGUCGGAAAAACAAAACUGGUGUUGGUGGCUAACACUGCCUGAAUACUGAGUCCCCUUUUCAGAACCAGACUUAUUUUUAUCAGCCAAGUAUGUAAGAGACACCGAUGGGAUUUUUCUCUGUUUUUUUAGAACCACUAUAGUAUAACAUUGUACAAGCUACUAUAAUAGUACUUUUAGGAUGUAACACAUAAGUACAGAGCCUGAAAUACCAUGAAAUAAACCCCAAAAAUGGUUGCUUUAAUAAAAUUAGCUGCCUGUUUAAUUUCAGGCUUCAUCUUUAAGACUUAUUUGUACUUUGUCCGGUUAUUAUGACAUGCCAGCACAAUUUUGUGUUAAUGGGUAUCUUGUAUGUUUUUUCAAACUUCCUACAAGGUUUUACUGAAGGGGUUUUUGGGAUGCUA